GUGACUAUGGCGCCGAUGCUUUGGGUGGACGCUAGUCACCCUCAUCGAUCGUUACUAGCUGUCUUCAUAUUGUGGAAAUGCCUGUUAUUACUACUCGCUGCCUUCACACCGGGGCCCGGGUACGACACCUCGACCACACUGAUUGAUUGGAACAGUGAUCCGACCAAAGCCCCAUUACCAGCCAUUUUGGAAACGAUAUCGACCAAAUUGACCCGCUGGGAUGCUAUUUACUACACCCACGCUGCCAACCGGGGCUACAUCUUCGAGCAAGAAUGGGCCUUCGGCUACGGAUGCAAUCGACUAAUCCAUGUCUUGGCGAAUGGCUGUCGCAAGCUCGGCAUCCUGGACUAUGCCUUCAACGCGAGUCUGGUGGGCAUCGCAAUCUCCCACGCCGCGCAUGGCCUGUCCGUGAUCGCGCUCUACCAUCUCGUCUGCGCGCUUUUCCGCGGCGCGCAGGGCGGCCGCAGGGUCGCGCUCCUCGCCGCCUGCCUGCACGUGGUGUCGCCGGCGGGGGCGUUCCUGUCCGCGCCAUGCGCGGAGAGCGCCUACGCCCUGUUGAGCUUCAGCGGCUCGCUGCUGUUUGUGAAGAGCUUCGCCUCUUCCUCGUUGGCGGCCAGCUCCCGCUCGUGUCAACACGACACGCUGCUCGUUCUGUCCGGGGUGCUGUAUGGCGUCGCCACGACCUUCCGCAGUAACGGGUUGCUGAAUGGCCUCCCGCUCUUCGAGGAGGCGGCGCGGCAGCUCGUCCUGCUGUCGCAGCAGGGUGUUUCACUCGCGCAACUGCGCCGCUUGCUCGCUGUCGGGACGGCCGGGGUCUGCGCGGGGCUGGGCUUCGUCCUCCCGCAGUACUUCGCCUACCGGGAGUUUUGCACGGACCGGGAACCGAGGGCGUGGUGUCGGAGGACCCUGCCGAGUAUUUAUAGCUUCGUGCAGGAGCACUAUUGGGACAAUGGAUUUCUGAGGUAUUGGACAGUAUCCAACAUCCCGCUCUUCGGCCUCGCCGCCCCCAUGCUGGCCAUCCUGCUGGCGUCGGGAUGGCAGGCUCUGAACGGAGAAUUGAGGUCGCUGUCGCUGGGGGCGGGGAUGCCCUCGCGUAGUCCGGUCGAGAAGCUGCGGGACUCGCGACCGCCGCAACCGCAACCGCAACCGCAAGCUCGCGUGACGGACCGGCUGCUGCGGAGCCUGGCGGUGCCGCAGGUCGUGAUUGCGGUGCUUGCCUUCUUCAAUCAUCAUGUGCAGAUCAUCACGCGCGUGGCGUCGGGGUAUCCGAUCUGGUAUGUGUGGGUUGCUUGCUUGCUGCUUCGGGGAGGGUCGGCCACGGAAGAGGGUGGUGGUUGGUAUAGGAAGGGCAGUAGCCUCGUGGUGAGUUAUAUGGUGGUGUAUGCUCUUGUUCAGGGGGUGCUUUAUGCUUCGUUUUUGCCUCCUGCUUGA